AGGAGCGCCGGCAAGCGCUGCCCGGGACCGAGCGGGGUGGCGCGGCUGGCGGGGCCGGCGGCGACUGAAGCGAGAGCGCGACACGACGCGACCGCGGCUUCCCGAGCUGCGCCUGGCCGCCCAGCGCCGCGGCCCGCCCGAGGCCUGGAGAGGUCCGGGCCGCCGUCCAUGGUCGCGGCGUCCUGAGGCGGGGGACGCGCCUGGCGCCCCCGGUCCUCCUCCUCCUCCCGCGGGGCGGGCGGCCUCCUCCGGCGCCUCCCCGCGCCCGCCUGCCUCUCGCCGCCGCCUCCCUCCCUCCUUCCCUGCGGCUCCCCCGGCUUUCGGAGCCCGGGGGCGGCCUGUGGCGCGCGGAGCCCGCGCCGGACUGCGCCUCUUUGGACCUUGAGGGGAAACAUGCGUUUGGCUUGGAUCGUUUGAAAUUCUGAGUUUGGGAUCCCCGCCCGCCCGCCUGCCUCUUCCGCCCCGCGGGUUUUUUCCUUUUUUCUUUUGCUUUUUUCUUUUCUCCCUUCGGGUCUCCUUUUUGACUCCCUCCCCCUUUAUGCUCGCCCAGCCCUCCCCCCGCUGCUGAGAAGUGGGGGAGGGUCUCGGCCUCCAGGUUCCCGCCCCACCGGGGCCCGGGCGAGCAUGGGGGGCAAGCAGAGCACGGCGACCCGCUCCCGGGGCCCCUUCCCGGGGGUCUCCACCGAUGACAGCGCCGUGCCGCCGCCGGGAGGGGCGCCCCAUUUCGGGCACUACCGGACGGGCGGCGGGGCCAUGGGGCUGCGCAGCCGCUCGGUCAGCUCGGUGGCAGGCAUGGGCAUGGACCCCAGCACAGCAGGGGGGGUGCCCUUUGGCCUCUACACCCCCGCCUCCCGGGGCACCGGCGACUCUGAGAGGGCGCCCGGCGGCGGAGGGUCCGCGUCCGACUCCACCUAUGCCCAUGGCAAUGGUUACCAGGAGACGGGCGGCAGUCACCAUAGAGACGGGAUGCUGUACCUGGGCUCCCGAGCCUCGCUGGCGGAUGCUCUACCUCUGCACAUCGCACCCAGGUGGUUCAGCUCGCACAGUGGUUUCAAGUGCCCCAUUUGCUCCAAGUCUGUGGCUUCUGACGAGAUGGAAAUGCACUUUAUAAUGUGUUUGAGCAAACCUCGCCUCUCCUACAACGAUGAUGUGCUGACUAAAGAUGCGGGUGAGUGUGUGAUCUGCCUGGAGGAGCUGCUGCAGGGGGACACGAUAGCCAGGCUGCCCUGCCUGUGCAUCUAUCACAAAAGCUGCAUAGACUCGUGGUUUGAAGUGAACAGAUCUUGUCCGGAACACCCUGCGGACUGACCUGCGGGCUUGCUUGCUGACUCCUCUCAAAGCUUGCUGUUUGCUGCCCAGCCAUAACCCACUCAGUGACAGACGAACACAGCCAAGCCCUCGCCGCCAGCCUUCUGACGGUGGGCGAGCACACAGUCUCUUCCCCUGCCCCAACUGGCCUUCUCCACCACCAACUUGUCUACUUUGGGUUUGGUUUUUUUUCUUCUAUUUUUCUGGCUUGGUUUUUUGCUCUUUUCUCCCUUUGAGACCCUAAUAUCUUGACUUCAUUGCCAAAAAACAACCCAUCGAGAACUUUCUUCCCACUGAUCCCAUCUCUUUUUCCCUUCUUUCCUCCUGGUUCCGGUCAGUUCAGAGGAUUUAACAAUCACAAGUGUCCUGCAAAAAUGCCUGAACUUUAUUCUUAGGCCCUUGUGGAUUUUUUUUCCCAGAAAACUUAAACAAAAAAAGACUUACUAAGAAAUAUGUACAGCUACCCCUGUUUUCAGGCACUAUGUUUGAGAACAUUUUAGCCAUUGAUGUUCACACGUGGCAUCAGCCCAUGCAAGAUAGGUUUCUGUAUUUAUAUAUUAAAAUACAAAAAAAAACUUAUAAAAUGUUUAAAAAAAUGUUCAAAGCUUGGGAGAAAAGCUUUCUUCAUUAGUCAAGGUGUUUUGAUAUGGUAUUAAAAUGUCUAAUAAAAGAUACACUGUGUGAUUUUAUUUUAAUGAGGUGUUGUUAUACAACCAAGAAAUGGGGGCAGGGGCCUGCCCCCCAAUCCCUCACCUACCUCCUUAGCAUUCCUUCAGGCUGCUGCUCGGGGCUCCAGGUGUGUGAAUUGGUCCUCAGACAGGCCUGGGUGGAGGGAGAGUGGCAAGUCAGGCGUGCCUCCUACAAGCUUCCUAACCUCUUAAGCAUCAUGGAACCAGUCAGCCCUCCUCUGUGGAGUCAUUGUGCCGGACCUCUGAAAAGAUCUGCAGGGGCCAAGAUGUUGCAGCCACUGGAGGCUGCAAGGAUGUGGGUUCUUCCAGGUGUGGGCCCAGCCCCCCUCCUUCCAGCCUCUGCUCCCCAUCCCACGUUCCACUCGCCCUGCCUGUUGUUCAGUUUGCAUCUCAGUGCUGACUCACGGGCAUGCUUCAUUGAGGCCCAGGAAGAGGCCCUGGUUUGGGGCUGUGCCAGUUCAGAGCCCUUGAACCAGAACCAACUGCUCAGGCUCACAAAAGUUGGCAAAAUGCAGGCUGGGCGGGCAGCUCGGGGCAGGGAGCAGCAGUGCAGGCCUGGCCUGUGUCCCCAUGCCCCGCGGGCUCCCAGAGCAGCGUUCCAGAGCCUCCUGCAGAGCCAGCGAAGGAAAGCUGUGGAGGGAGAUGACUCCACCGCCUCUCUGCUCUGACCCUUCUCAGGCCCGCCUGAUGUCUGGACCACCCCCCUGCUGCCACAGCCCCUGGCUCCGCAGUCACCCUCCAUCAGAUGCUUCCAGAGGCACCUACUGUGUGCAAGGGCAUUCACAACGGGCCAGUGGGCAAACGUGAGCCAGGGCCAGCGGAGAAACACUAAAGACGACUCGGUGGUUCAGAGCCUGGGCCUCAGCGCGGGACCCGUCUGGGGUGAAGACCUUGGGGCUGUUGUGAGUCGACGGCAGGAACGUGGGCUCUAGACUGUGCAUUCAGGCUCUCCUACUUGGCAGAAUGAUCUUGGGGAAACGACUUCAUCUGAACUUCAGAUUUUUCACAUGUGAAGUGGGGACAAAACCAUGCAGCUCAGAGGUCCCUGUGGGGGCCGGGGGAGCUGCCCUGCAGGUCCUGGCACAUGCACAGCAGGCUCCCCAUAGCUUUGUCACCACAAAGGGCACUGUUCUAUUCACAGCACCUCCUGCUUCUGCCUGGCAACUGUGUCUCCCUGUGCUAUAUUUAAUUCCACCAGCAAAGCUGGCAAGGCAGGGCCCAGCCCUGAAGGAGAUCUCCUUGCCUGAGCCCUGGAUCUGGAAACGGAGGCUUCCAUGUGCCCACCUUGGCGGCUUAAGCCUGCUGCUUUGGCAGUGCCACGGGUGAGCCGAGCAGCUGUGAGUUGGGUGGGGCAGGGCUGUAGCCCACGCCGGGUGCUAUUCCAGGCUCCAGGGGCUGGUGCUCAUCCCCACCCCCAGCGACUUCAGUCCUACCUGGCACGCUGCAGCCCUCUGCCGGCUGCGGGGUCCUCUGAAUCGAGACCCAGGUUGCCUGCUUUUGGUGUGGGGGUGGGAUUGGGGCUGUCUGAGCUUGCCAGGUGGAGCUCAUGUUUGUGAUCCUCUGUCCGGACAGCUCUCCAGAAUCCUGUGUUGCCCCUGCUCUGCCUUUCUGGGAUGGGAGAGAACGUGAGGGAGCCGGCGAGCAGGUUCUACCCACUCUGCUAAGGGCCUAGCACACUUUGAUGAGGUUCCUAGAUAUGAGCCCCUCACAAAGACCAACCAUUCCUCUAACAGCCAUUUAAAGGUACUGAAGUUCAUGGGAAAAUGUCCUCAUUCUUAGGAGAUAGAUGCUGAAUUAUAUAGGUGAAUGUCUUCAAGAAAUGUGUAGUUUAAUUCCAAAUGGUUCCCCCCAAAAUACACAAAGCAAAUAAGGCCAAAAUGUUCAUUGUUGAAUCUGCAGUGGCUGGUAUUUCAGUGAACAGUGUACUUGUUCUUUCAACUUUUCUGUAUGUUUGGAAUUUUUCUUAAUAAAAGAUUGUGGGAAACGGU